GAGCGUUAUAUCGCCCGCCACGAUUACGAACGCUCGUGUAGUAGUCGUCAUGCAGCAUCUCCGAGACCCGGUGAAAGACCAUCACAGUACGUGAACACCGCACAAGUGCAGCUCUCUAUCGCGACACUAUAUAUCCGUAGUACGCGACAUCCGGCCCUAGCACCGUGUACACGAAUACACAAACACACACACACACACAUACACAAAUUCAUUAUAAUAAACCGUACACCGUACUAUCUAUUGUCAUCGUCUAAAUCGCGUUUCUUUUAAUCGUUAUAGAUUGUUUUAACGUAUAGAAAAGCGUAUAGGUAUGUAUUUGCCGUUUUGAUUUGACAAUACACUGCAACGUUUGGUGUAGAUAAUUGCACGUCCGCACGUCCGAAGAAUGGUAGAGAGAAGAGAUAUUUCGAUGGUGAACAGUUAUUAAAAUAUAAACACAAGUAAAUUGAGAAACACAGAAACGGGUUUAAAACCACUUUAACCACGACGCAGUUGUCGCAUUUUUCAAGUCCGAAGAUCGCACUUGACAUUUUAUAACGCUAUAUUAGAAGUACUUGUUUUACUCGUUUGAGUAAAUAUUAUAAUUCGACUGUAUAUCACCCAUAUUUAAAUAAUAUUUAAUAUGGACGGCAAAAUAUCAUCAGUAUUCGAAAAAUACUUUUCGCCUUCUCCGUUGGUGAACCAAAUAAGGAAUUUUGUCAGUCGGCAAAUAGACGAACAAAUGCCACAAAAUAUAAGCGCACAACCAACGGUAACAAAACACCACAGUAAUAAUGUAGUGAACGGCACCACUCCGAAACCCACAAGUAACGAAAAACCAACGGCAAUCCAAGUACACCCACAACCCAUUCAGCCUACUGAUAGAAACUUAGUGCACGUUACUAAAGCACAAAUGAAAGAAUUUCAAGAAGCAUUUAGGUUAUUUGAUAAAGACGGCGACGGCAGCAUCACUAAAGAAGAAUUGGGUCGAGUUAUGCGGAGUCUUGGACAGUUCGCUAGAGAGGAAGAAUUGGAAACUAUGUUACAAGAAGUCGAUAUUGAUGGUGAUGGAGCAUUCAGUUUUCAAGAGUUUGUAGAAAUAGUGUACAAUAUGGGCGGUACAGCAGAAAAGACGGCGGACCAAGAGGAAAAAGAGCUUCGAGAUGCAUUUAGGGUAUUUGACAAGCAUAACAGAGGAUAUAUAAGUGCAUCGGAUUUGAGAGCCGUCCUACAAUGUUUAGGCGAAGAUUUAUCAGAAGAAGAAAUCGAGGAUAUGAUCAAGGAAGUAGACGUGGAUGGAGAUGGAAGAAUCGAUUUUUACGAAUUUGUGAAUGCCCUUGGAGAACCAGGAGAUGAUUACGAUGAAAAUGAUGAAGAUGAAGAAGACAUUUACCCUCAAUUGGACAUUCAAACAUAGUUUUGAACAAUUACAUGUCUUAAUAUUAUAAUAAGUUCAGUUAAAAUUGAAUUAUCAAAAAGGAUAACAAUUUUUUUGUAAUUCCUAUCAGGAAUAAACACACCAAUAUCUGUUUAUAUUUUGCCAACUAAUGAUCUCUAUUAAGUAAAACAUAUUUUACUAUAAUAUCAAUGUAAUAAUGUAGAAUUGAUAAGUAAUUUAUGUCAUUUUCAAUGUUUAAUGUAUAAAUUAAUCAUUUAAUGGUACAAUCAGUAAUUCAACUUAAGACCCAAUAAUUUAUUAAAAACAUAUUU